AUGAGUCACGGGCCGUACCAGAAAAAGUACCUGGUGUCCCCGGCGGACAUGGAGCAACUGGUGGAACAAUACAAAGGGACGUUGAUGGAGAAUUCGCGGUUAACGCAUGCCGCGCGGUUGGCGGCCAAACAACACGUCUUGCUGGCGUCCCCCGAGAUUCCGCCGGCCACUAAGAAGAUCCGCGUCAAGGCCCUGGGACCCGAGGUACGGCGGGCCACUAAACGCGUGAGGACCAUGAACCUCCCGGCAGUUGGAGGAGCGGCGGGGGCCGACGACGACGACGAGUUUGCCCAAGGACCCAUGGAGACCUUCUUGAAAACGCUUAUAAAAAGCAGUACCCCGCAACCCAAGGCCACACCCAAACGCAAGCCGAAACUCCCACCCAAGCCGAAAAUCCCGCCCAAGACACCCAUCUCGUUGCCGUUACCGGACGACGAUUGGGAAGAAGAAUUGGCGGUGCCCAUCCCCAGCACCUCCAAGAGCAAGACGACGCCGACGUUGAGCAAAGGCAAGUCUCCCCUGGCAGGACCGUCUUCUUCCCCUGCACCUGCCAAGAAGAAAACCCGCUUCAGUUAUCACCUCCCCAAGGCCGUCAAAGAGGGAAAACAACUGGCCAAGGAAGUGCUCAAGUUGAAACGUCAACCCGGUUGGAGCGAGUGGGGAGAGAAAGUCCAGCGGAAACUCGAUGGCAAGGACUACUAGACGCCGCCGGCGCGCGUCGCGGCCUUUGCGCCGCCGUCGGAUGCAUGGUGGGGGAUUGGACGUGCAAAAAUGGUUGGCCAAGACAGGCAUCGAAUUUCAUUGGCCGGGGUACCAAUACAUGGGGCCUGGCACCCAUUUGGAGAAACGCCUGAAGCGCGGAGAUCCCGGCAUCAACCGGUUGGAUCGCAUUGCCAAACAACAUGACAUCGAUUAUUCUCGCGCGCGCAAUAUCCAGGACAAGUGGAAAGCCGAUGACAAGAUGAUUGGCGCCAUUCAAGCCCUACCGGGAAAAAAGACUUGGACCGAAGCCCUUGUCAAAAAAAUCAUGCAAGCGAAACGCAAACUCAAAUUGUAA